AGCGGGACAGCGGGAGUGCUCUGCUUUGGGGCGCCGUGUGUUCGCUUGGUAUCAUCGCUCUGAUCUUCCGUGUCUGUAACAGGAAGUUUGAAGUCAUGUCUGGAAAACCKAAACUUUACUACUUUGAUGGAAGAGGCAAGAUGGAGUCGAUUCGUUGGUUGUUGGCUGCAGCCGGGGUYGAGUUUGAAGAAGAGUUUUUGGAAACCCGAGAGCAAUAUGAGAAGCUCCUGCAAGGUGGAUCCCUGAUGUUUCAGCAAGUGCCCAUGGURGAGAUCGAUGGGAUGAAGAUGGUGCAGACCAGAGCCAUCCUCAGCUACAUUGCAGCAAAGUACAACCUCUAUGGGAARGACCUAAAGGAAAGAGCCUUGAUUGAUAUGUAUGUUGGAGGAACUGAUGACCUUAUGGGCUUCAUUUUGAUGUUCCCUUUCUUAUCAGCGGAGGAUAAAGAGAAACAACGUGCUUUUAUAGUUCAAAAGGCAACAAGCAGGUAUUUCCCAGUAUAUGAAAAGGUUUUGAAAGACCAUGGGCAAGACUUCCUCGUUGGCAACAAUUUUAGCUGGGCAGAUGUUCACCUUCUUGAAGCCAUUUUAAUGGUAGAAGAGAAAAAGUCAGAUGUGCUCUCAGGCUUCCCUCAAUUACAGGCAUUUAAAGCAAGGAUCAGCAGCAUCCCCACAAUCAAGAAAUUUCUUGAGCCAGGAAGCCAGAGGAAGCCAGUUCCCGAUGAUAAAUAUGUGGAGACUGUGAGGAGAGUUCUCCGCAUGUAUUAUGAUAUAAAAGCAAAUUAGUUUGUGUGGCCACAGGCUGUAAGAGAACUGCCAGAUUGCACAUGUCCAAUUACACUAUGAAGGAAGGUGAAGGGGUGUUCGAGAGGCAUUUCAAUGGGCAGGAGCUCAUGCUCUCACACAAAAUACAGUAGGCAGGUAACUUUUAUAACACUUCAGUAUUAGCCUAUUUUCUCCUUCAUUCAACUUGAGAUUUCUGGUAAUUUCAAGCAAGUGAAAUGGCAGCAAGAACACUGUCUUCUUAGACACUUUGUGGAAUAGCAAAAAAAGAGAAAAGUAAGCUGACUGAUAGCUUCAGCAUGUUGUGCUGUUUCUGAGGACUUUGUUCUGAGAUCCAGGUCAGAUUUUCAUAUGUUCUUUAAUAUCACUUGGUAAAUGAAACAAGUGGUUUUAAAAAAAGUAGAAGGGAGAUGGUUCUCUUGCCAGUUCUUCUGGACAUCAGUGACUGUGCCUUUAUAACUAGGCUGCACUUUUAUUACUGAAUUAGGAAAUAAAUUGACUGCCAAAUGAUGUUUAACUGCUAUAUUAGGACCUGUACUAAUCAAAUAAACUUUUUAUGU